UGAAGAGGAAACGCUGCCAGUAUUGUUCGCUUUCCUUCUGAGAGGUUCAGCAGGAAGACGGUCGUGUUGUGGUGUCUGAGCUGAGUCUCUGAGCUGUUGGAGUAACGAUGCCUUCAGUUCAGUAUCUGAGAGAGUUUAUCAACGAGCGGCUAACUGCUGCUGCUGAAGAAAUAUUCACAGAGUUUGAAAAAACCAUCGUCCAGUACGAAGAAGUCAUCGACCGUCAGCGCAGACUGCUGGAUAUCACCUGGAAACCCGAAAUAAAGGUGCACACAGACCUCCCACAGCAGCAUGUCUGUAAGGAGGAGGAGGAGGUUCUCACUGAGCAGCAGCUCUGGAACCAGGAGAAGAUCUCCAGUCUGAACCAGGAGGAACCAGAACUCCCAAAGAUUAAAGAGGAACAGGAGGAACUCUGCACCAGUCAGGAGGGAGAGCAGCUUGUUCUGAACGAGGAGAUCAAUACCUUUAUGGUGACUGCUGCUUAUGAGGAAAGUGACCACAGUGAGCCAGAACCAGACAAGGAGCAGCUCCUCUCUCACAGCUCUACUUUGUUCCUCUUCCUGCAGAGCCAAUCAAAUAAAAUAUUCACAGAGUUUGAAAAAACCAUCGUCCAGUACGAGGAAGAGAUCGACCGUCAGCGCAGACUGCUGGAUAUCACCUGGAAACCUGAGAUAAAGCUGCACAGGACAGACCCCCCACAGCAGCAUGUCAGUAAGGAGGGGGUUCUCAUUGAGCAGCAGCUCUGGAACCAGGAGAAGAUCUCCAGUCUGGACCAGGAGGAACCAGAACCUCCACAGAUUAAAGAGGAAGAGGAGGAACUCUGCAGCAGUCAGGAGGGAGAGCAGUUGAUACUGAAGGAGGAGAGUGAUACCUUUAUGGUGACUGCUGCUUAUGAGGACAGAGACCACAGUGAACCAGACAGGGAGCAGCUGCUCUCUUACAGCUCUGCUGCAGCUGAGAGCAGAGAUCAGGGAGGAAGCUGGAGUAUAGAUUUAGCAUCAACUAGAAAUACAGAGUCAAUUCCAAAGAGACAACUUAGGAACAAAAGUCACAGUAACAAUGUAGAAGACCCUGCUAUGUCAGAGAGUCAGUGUAACUCUGACAUAGCAGGUAAAAAGGCUAUAAAGUGUGAUGUUUGUGGGAAAGCCUUUAAGAAAAGGUCGCGAAUGAAGGAACAUUACAGAAUCCACACAGGUGAGAAACCUCAUUCUUGCAAAACGUGUGGGAAAAGAUUCACUCAGAGGAGUGCGUUGACUGUCCACAUGAGAAUCCACACAGGCGAGAGGCCGUAUCCUUGUAAAACAUGCGGGAAAAUGUUCUCAUAUAGUAGUAUUCUGUUGGCACACACAAGAACUCAUACAGGUGAGAAACCAUAUCACUGUAAAAUAUGCGGGAAAAUGUUCACAUAUAGCAGUCAUUUGUGGCGCCACAUGAAAAGUCACACAGAUGAGAAUUUGUAGUGGUGAACAACAACUACUGCUGCUGAAUUAAGAGUUUGUGGGUUAGAGUAGAGAUGAGUGUAUAGGAGCUGUUUAAUAAAUGCAAAAUAUUAAAAAUUUGUUUACAUUACUUUUUUUGGUUUAUUUGGCUCAUUGUCUCGUGGUUGUUGCCUUUUUACCUUUUCAUUUCGAUCAGUUCAUUUUUGGCUUUAUUUUGGGGGUUUGGUAGGAGUCCAGACAUGCCAUGGGAACCUCAGGUUAUACAGGUAAGGUAGGCAAAUAUGGGACCAGCAUGCACUGCCAAGGUGAUGAUGAUUAUUAUUUUUUUUUUUUUUAAUUAUUUUAACCAGCACAUCAUAGGAAGCAGGAGCCAUGAAUGUCAGCCUCUUUGUUUGCUUGUGUCAAAUAGAUCAGAAAAACAGAUCUUGAUGGUAAAAGACUCACAGACCAAUUUUGAAAGGAGGAAGGCCACAUGAGGGAAACCGCAGAAGAAGUGGUGUUGGAUUUAUCAGCAGAGGUGCUUCAGCACCAGUAAAGGUGGUGCGAGGUUCAGUUUAAAGGUGGUUUUAAAGGUGACUUUCAUAUGGUGCAUCAGUGGCCUCAAGUAAAAAGUUUUGGAAAUAGCUGCUACAAAAUGUUCAUUUAAAAAAAAAAAGACAAACCUGGAACAUCUUUCAGAUGGCAAGCACCUUCAGACUGCUCAGAAAGAAGAUCGGAGUUUACUAAAUGUAAUGUUUCUGAAACCAGAACCGAAGGUAUCGAGUUGCUGCCCUCUGGGUCACCGUUAACUCUGCUGCUGGCAGCCGGAGCCGUGAACUUUUGUCCUGUUGUGUUACAGAAACAGAGAAUUGGACAUUACACCUGGUUCUGCUGUGUAACACUGAAUGCAGUGACAGCUGUCAGUGAAUGUGAGUUGGUGUGUUGUGACCACUGAGAACAAGUUUAUGUUGUAAUAUAAAAGCUGUUUUCAGGGUUUCUUUGAAAAACUGUGUUCUGAGUUAUACUCAGUUUGUAAACUAAAAAAACAUAUUAAAGAUGUAUGCAGCUCGUACGUCCGUCUGCAUCACUGAUAGGUUUAAAAAAAAAAAAAAAACGCUCACUGUUUUCUUUAUCAGAUUCUAUUUUUCAAACUUUACCUCCAACAUUUUAUGUUUGACUGUGUCUGAACUUUGCUGAAAAUUGUCUCAUAUAGUGUCAUACUGUAACAGCUUGUAUUUUUUUUUACUGUUUUUUUUUGUGAAACUCUGAUGUUGAAGUUGAGAAACUCUUUAGUUUCUGUCCAGCUGGAUUCUUUCCUUAUUUAAAAGCACAUUUUAUUUUAUUUUUUAUUGCUCAGGCUUUACAUGUGACAGAGUUACAAGAUGGAGAUAUGAAAAACUGUGUACAAAUAAAUUAUUUAGAACAUUG